GAAUUUAUUGAGUCUUCUUUUCUGAAUGCCAGACACGAAGAUUUCAGUAGAAUCGUUUUAAAAGGGCUACCUGGAAACUUUGGGAAGGCAGUAGUUAUAGGUUUUUAUUAUUUAUUCAAGUUUGAAGAUUUGUAUUGCAGUGUAUAGGUUAUUAUGUGGAGCAGAACUUUUGUCCCGAAGAAUUCUUAGUCUGUAGCAGAAAUAAGAAACCCAGAAUAUUUGUGUUAAAUUAGUUCAUCAUAACCACGAAGGCUGUGGUUGAGUUCAGCAGUGGUGAGGAGAAUAACUUUCAGGGGUUCUUAGGUUAUUUUAUUAGUCAUUAACUUUUUUAUUUUUAAAGAAUUUUAUUGAGAUACAGUUAACAGACAAUAAACAGCAUAUAUUUAGAGUGUACAAUUUGGUAUCCCAAUCUCCCAAUUCAUUCCCCCCCCCCCCCCAACCCUUCCCGCUUUCCCCACUUGGUGUCCAUAUGUUUGUUCUCUACAUCUGUGUCUCUAUUUCUGCCUUGCAUUUCCUCUUCCAUAGUUGUUAGCAUUUGCCUUAUGUAUGGAGAUGCUCCUGUAUUGGGUGCAUAUAUAUUUAUAAUUGUUAUCUCCUCUUCUUGGAUGGAUCCCUUGGUCUUUAUGUAAUGUCCUUUCUUGUCUCUUGUAACAUUUUUUAUUUUAAAGUCUAUUUUAUCUGAUAUGAAUAUCGCUACUCCAGCUUUCUUUUGAUUUUCAUUUGCAUGGAAUAUCUUUUUCCAUUCCCUCACUUUCAGUCUGUAUAUGUCCCUAGGUCUGAAGUGGGUCUCUUGUAGACAGCAUAUAUAUGGGUCUUGUUUUUGUAUCCAUUCAGCCAGUCUGUGUCUUUUGGUUGGUGCGUUUAGUCCAUUUACAUUCAAGGUAAUUAUCGAUAUGUAUGUUCCUAUUACCAUUUUCUUAAUUGUUUUGUUUUUAUUUUUGUAGGUCCUUUUCUUCUCUUAUGUUUCCCGCUUAGAGAAGUUCCUUUAGCAUUUGUUGUAGGGCUGGUUUGGUGGUGCUGAAUUCUCUUAGCUGUUGCUUGUCUGUAAAGCUUUGGACUUCUCUGUCGCUCCGUGGAAUCUGAAUGAGAUCCUUGCUGGGUAGAGUAUUCUUGGUUGUAGGUUCUUCCGUUUCAUCACUUGAAAUAUAUCAUGCCACUCCCUUCUGGCUUGCAGAGUUUCUGCUGAGAAAUCAGCUGUUACCCUUAUGGGAGUUCCCUUUUAUGUUAUUUGUCGUUUUUCCCUUGUUGCUUUUAAUAGCUUUUCUCUGUCUUUAAUUUUUGUCAAUUUGUCUACUAUAUGUCUUGGCGUGUUUCUCCUUGGGUUUAUCCUGCCUGGGACUCUCUGCGCUUCCUGGACUUGGGUAGCUAUUUCCUUUCCCAUGUUAGGGAAGUUUUCAAAUAUAAUCUCUCCCAAUAUUUUCUCGGGUCCUUUCUCUCUUCUCCUUCUGGGAGCCCUAUAAUGCGAAUGUUGAUGCAUUUAACAUUGUUGCAGAGGCCUCUUAGGCUGUCUUCAGUUCUUUUCAUUCUUUUUUCCUUAUUCUUUUCCGCAUCAGUGAUUAUCACUAUUCUGUCUUCCAGGUCACUUAUUCGCCCUUCUGCCUCAGUUAAUCUGCUACUGGUUCCUUCUAGUGUAUUUUUCAUUUCUGUUAUUGUGUUGCAUAUCUCUGUUUGUUUGCUCUUUAAUUCUUCUAGGUCUUUGGUAAACUUUUUGAUCUUUGCAUUUAGUCUUUUUUCAAAGUCCUGGAUCAUCUUCACUAUUAUUAUUCUGAAUUCUUUUUCUAGAAGGGUGCCUAUCUCCUCUUCAUUUAGUUGUUUUUCUGGGGUUUUAUCUUGUCCCUUCAUCUGGUACAAAACCCUCUGCUUUUUCGUUUUCUCUCUUUUUCUGUGGCUGUGGUUUUCAGUUCCACAAGACAAAAUACUGCUGAUACUGCUUGAUACUGCUGUCUGCCCUCUCAGUCAUUAACUUUUUGAAUUGUGCAUUUUUCACAUUUGCUACUCUGGGAAAUUCUUAGCUAUUUCUUUUAAGGCUUUUAUAAAUUCUUUAUGAGUUUUUCUUAACGUAAUUGCUCACAUUACACUGUCAGAAUUUAUACAUUAGUCAUAGUUAACCUUUGAAGCUGAAAUGUGGGUGAAUUUUCGAUACAGCUUUACAUUCUUUGGUAAUGGUCAGCUGAUUGUUUCCACGUGUAUUUUAUUUGCGCAAAAGGUCCGAUCUUUUCAGGUGAACCGAUUUUACAGGGUGAGAAGCCUUUCCUUGGACUUUCUAAUUGUUUGUGCUUGGUUGUAUUCACUGUUGCUUAAAACGAUCUUUAGUAAGGGAAGUCACUUUAAAGGAAAUUUUUUUCAUGUGUUACCUUUAUAAUCUCUAUUAGUGGCCAGUUUUCUGAAAUGUUAGAUUUUUCUUUGUCUUCAUCAAGUAAAACAGGCCCAUUUGAUGCCCAUUUCAAGAUCUUCCUUCUGCUGCCUGUCUUGUGGUCCUUAAUUUCUCAUUAAGCCCUCCACUGGAGAGUGCCAGAAGGGAGAGAAGAUGAAAAGCAAAUGAAUCAUUUUCUAAUUGUUAGCAGCUCUGGAAAAUGACUUAGUAGAAGAGAUUGAAGCUAUAUCGGAAACUCUUUUGCAUUAUGUUUUAUUUCGUUCAUCUGCAUUGUCUCUGAGAUGGUCCUCAUAGUCAUCAAUUCAGAGGUUGAUUAUUCAGCUAUUGGUUGACCAAGCAUCUCUUUUUUUGGUUUGUUUCUUGCUGAAUCUGAGCAAGCUCCACAGAGGCUGUUUAGAAGUAAGGCGUAGAGAUAAAAUUUAAACUAAUCAGUACUAUUUUUUCCCCUUAGAGCCCUUCAGUGAACGUUUUGAUUUUGGGGGGAUAGUUGAGUAGUUGUUAUUGGAAGUGACUAAUAGUAACUUCAUUUGAUUUUAAUGUAUCUUAUACACAAAUGAAGGCCUCCCUUCAUUUUGGGUACUUUUUAAGAAACAUGGGCUCAUGUAGAUUCCCAUAAUUGCUUUCCUGAAUUAUUAAGCUUGAGGUUUUAUUACAUCUUUGUACCGGAACAGAACCUUGGCGUUUGCUGUAGAACAGAUUCAGGGGCAUCAUCUAAUUGUGUGCGUGUAUGUGUGUUUGCUCAAGAAGUUAUCUUGUUUUGAUUUAGCAGUAAAAAAGAAAAAAAGGAUUAAUAGUGGACAGUCCUUGCAUAACAGUUAUAACUUUGAUGAUGUCUGUUUUUUUACUUGUCUUUGGUCUCCCAUUUCUUAUUUAACCAUUUAUGGAGUGGAGUUCUUUACUUAAGACUGAGGACAGCAGCCUUCAGUCACACUAUUUCCCUGGAACCUGGGCUCCCCAAGACGCAGCAGUGGAGCAGAUGGAUAAUGGAGACUGGGGCUAUAUGAUGACUGACCCAGUCACAUUAAAUGUAGGUGGACACUUGUACACAACGUCUCUCACCACGUUGACGCGUUACCCGGAUUCCAUGCUUGGAGCUAUGUUUGGGGGGGACUUCCCCACAGCUCGAGACCCUCAAGGCAAUUACUUCAUUGAUCGAGAUGGACCUCUUUUUCGAUAUGUCCUCAACUUCUUGAGAACUUCAGAGUUGACCUUGCCCCUGGAUUUUAAGGAAUUUGAUCUGCUUCGGAAAGAAGCAGAUUUUUAUCAGAUUGAGCCCUUGAUUCAGUGUCUCAAUGACCCCAAGCCUUUGUAUCCUAUGGAUACUUUUGAAGAAGUUGUGGAGUUGUCUAGUACUCGGAAGCUUUCUAAGUACUCCAAUCCAGUAGCUGUCAUCAUAACCCAAUUAACCAUCACCACCAAGGUCCAUUCCUUACUAGAAGGUAUAUCAAACUAUUUUACAAAGUGGAAUAAGCACAUGAUGGACACCAGAGAUUGCCAGGUUUCCUUUACUUUUGGACCCUGUGACUAUCACCAGGAAGUUUCUCUCCGAGUCCACCUGAUGGAAUACAUUACAAAACAAGGUUUCAGCAUCCGCAACACCCGAGUGCAUCACAUGAGUGAGCGGGCCAACGAGAACACAGUGGAGCACAACUGGACUUUCUGCAGGUUGGCCCGGAAGACAGAUGACUGACCUGCAGCCCUGGGAGAUGUUGCUGGAAAUGGACUCUCCAGGAGAUCGAAGAGGCUGAUGUUUUUUUUUUUUUAAUCACAGUGUGAGGUUUAUUUUUUUUUUUUAAUAUUUGUAUUUAUUUGAAGGCACUGGGGACCAGAAGGAAGUUUUGUGAUUUAGCAGACUCUUCUAUGUUUUGUUCCCUUUACCUGAGUAUGCAUGUGCCUGUUCAGAGCCUCCAGAUACCUUUUUUAUAAAAAGAAGUCUGAAAAUCAUUAUGGUAUAUAAUCUACCCUUAACAAAGCUUUUUUUUUUUUAUUACAGUGCUAAAAUGAUUUCUGAUUAAAUAGUCCCUAACUCAACUAGAAGGCUAAGAGUGCAGGAAUGAAAGAAUAAGCAGAGUACUCAUGAUGCCUUUGGGAAGAAUCAAAACAUCAUGUAGGGUGACCUAGUUUUCAAACCAAUAAGCAGUAUUGUAAUAUUAAAGGACAACUGUUCCAAUCAUUUAAAAGUACUUGUUAAGUACUGCUUUUUACAGUUAUGACAACUGUUUCUUUCUAUGCAUAUAAAUCAAGCAACCAAAUAUCUGUAGCCAUGGAAAUGUCUGACUAGAAAUAUUUAUAUUGGAUUCUGAAUACAAAAUGUCCCUGUGGUAGAAAUCUUACUUCUUAUGCCUGGUGCAGUAUAAUUCCCAAGUGUACUGUCUGCCAGAAAAAAACAACAACAAUAAAAAAUGAAAUAUGA